UGAAAACUGUCCAUGUGAGCGCCAUCAAACAAUGACGUUUUGCGUUUGUGCUUCAACAGUGAAGACGGACCAACUGCAGACCAUCAAGAGAGAGCUCACUCAGAUCAAGAUGAAGAUCGACUCCUUGCUGGGACGACUGGAGAAGAUCGAGAAGCAGCAGAGAGCUGAAUCUGAGGCUCAGAGGAAAUACGAGGACAACUGCGACUCCCUCCACGAGGAGUCCGUAUCAGAAACGGCGGAGAACUCCGGGGAGGAGGCCGGGGAGGGGGCUCUGGACGUGGAGGCGGGAGAAAUGACCGAUGGAGGCGAGGACGACUACGACGAGGAAGGCAGCCACCAUCUGGUGAGCGCGCACGUGGACACGGCGGACUCCGGGAGAUCUCAAAUGAUCCGAGAGUCUGCGCCCAAUAAAAGCUAAUAUUCCAGAAUUAUGCAUCGCCGCAGAUCUGAGGGAGCCGAGCUUCACACCAGCGAUCGUUGGAGGCGGCUGGACUGACAGCGCCUCCCUGUUGAUUCUGGCUUUGAUGCCCGGGUCCACCGCGGACUCUCACAUACCUACAGAUAUCUGGAGAAGAGGCCAGAACAUAUGGAACUGUGUUAGAAGCAAGGUCACUGAGGGAAGGAGGAAUAUAGGGGAGGAUAGAAGCUCAAGUUCUUGGAAUGAAAUGAAAACUUUUUUUUGUUUUUUCAGAUAAAAUCAACGGAACAGUAUAAUGUGGUGUCAAAAAAUGUAAAAAAUUGGUCUGGAAGAUUGUACUUUUAGUCUUAAGGGACGUUAAUUUUUAGGGCAAAGUUAAAAAAAAUCAAUUAAACGAUUUGAAUUGAUAUAAACUUAAUAGAUCAAUAAUCGACUCACAAAAGAUAUAAAUCGAUUUAGCACAUAAAGCUAAAGUCCGCUAGCUUGAUGCUAAUGUUCAAUAGAAUUCCUCAUAGGACGGCUUAUGCUAACGUUUAGUUGACCAAAAAAAAUACAUUUCU